CUAAGCUUUAAUCUUAGAAAUGUUAAACAGUCGGUCCUAAAGCUUCCGAACUUGCGCAUCCGAAUCCCGAGUCAACUCAGGUGGUUACACCUCAAGUGAAUGGCAGCUUUGGCACUGUUAUCUUUAUCCUGCCCUUACAAGAUUGACGGUGGCAAUGAAAAAUCCUCUUCAUUGACAUCGACCCAAGCCUUAAAAAAGCCAUCAUCAUCCUUAGGCAUAAAAACUUGGCAAUUCCCAGUUAACCUCAAAAAUCAAAUUGGGUCAUUGCUGCUGGUACAUGCCACCUUGAAUAGCCCAAAAGGGUUUGGACCGCCACCCAAGAAUAACAAAAAGACAAAGAGUGGCGAUGAGGAAGAUGAAGAGGAAGAAGAAUCUGAGGCAGAGGCAGGCGUGAUACCUGAGGUGGUAACGAACCGGAUGAUAAGCCGAAUGGGAUUGUCGGUUGGGAUUCCAUUGUUUAUAGGGCUGUUGUUUUUCCCAUUCUUUUAUUAUCUUAAGAUUGGGUUGAAAAUUGAUGUUCCAACGUGGGUGCCGUUAAUUGUUUCCUUCUUCUUCUUUGGGACGGCUCUGUUAGGAAUAAGUUAUGGCAUUGUGUCAUCUAGUUGGGAUCCCAUGAGAGAAGGGUCACUCCUGGGAUGGAAUGAGGCUCAGAAGAACUGGCCUGCGUUUUGGCAAUCCAUUUGGGGUGGAUCACGAUGGGAGCAAGUCGGAAAUACUUGGCAACGGAAGGAUAAAGAAAGGCAAGGUGUCAACACAUUCGAAGCAGCUCCAGCUCCACCACCAUCACAUGAAGACAUGAUGCAAGAAGUUUAUGAUCCAGUGAAUCGUUUUCCUCUUGAUGAGCCUUCUCGUGAUGGUGGUGAGGAUGUCGAUAAGAUGAUUCUCCCUCAUCUUCCGAUGAUGAUGGAGACGAUCAAUAUGCAAUUUGUUACGCUUUCCUCCCAGUAGCCGGUGCUAUAAACACGGGUCUCCAAAAUGGCUUCCCACCAGUUGGCACUAUAUACGAUGUACGUCGACCCUCGAUGUGAUUUUCACGCUCGUUUCGAUACGAUGGCACUCUUUCUCGUGACUUCUCUUCAUUCGUGCUUCGUCUUAGGACAUCGAUCCUCCUCCUCCACUGUCGAAUGCUUGAUCGCCUUUGUGCCUUGUUGAUUGCAUAUUUGGAUUUUUUUGCUUAUAUUUUAUGGAUUUAUGGAUUUUAGUCUUGAUGUUUUCACAUACUUUGAUA